AUGUCGCUAGAGAAAAACGCUAGAAUUCUGAAGAUAACAAUCCCAUUUGAUCUGGAGAGUGAGGCCACUAAGAUCUCUCAUCAAAUCAAAAAUUGAUAGAAAAACAACAACAACGAAAAAGACCAAAACCGAAAAAUCGUUAGAUUUUAAGGGCAAAAAGUGAUCUCAUAAAUCAGGAUUCAAAAUCUAAUGUCACUUUCUUGGAGGUAAAGUUAUGCGCGCAAUAGAUUAGAAAAGACUACAGACUCUUAAAAACAGAUUAGUAGGCUCUUGAGAAGAAUCUGAUUUGUCGACGGUAACUCCGUUCAUGCAACACUGGUGAUUUGAAAUUGGCGUCAGUGCUUAGCAUGUAGAAGAGCUUUAAGUUCUAAACCAAAGUCGAUAGCAAUCUCUCCUCAUCAGAAGUGAUGCGUUCCAUUACUAUUUGAAAAAAGGUCAAUAAUUUAACCUUUUAUCUCCUACGAUUGACCAAGAGAUCAUUUCUCCUUACAAUAUCAGUACAGUAUCAAGCAUAGAAUUGAUGAGAAUAAAGAAAAAUAUCAAUGCGGGGAUUAUUAGUUGAUCCAAUACCAAAUUCUCCAAAUUGGCAUCAUAAGAAUUGUAUGGCAGACAGUAAGGAGAAUUACUAAUAAGAUCUUGAGAUUUAAAGGGUUAAAAGUGAUGAAAACACGUUGACUAUUCUGCAUUGUCUUUGUCGUUAAUUUUGAGAAUAUUCGCAAGCGUUCAACUCACCAUAUAUUUAUUUUUAACCCUUUAACUCCCAGACCAAAUUUGUAAUUCUCCUUCCUAUCAACCAUACAAUUAUCAUAAAGUUAGUUUAGAGAACUGAGUAUUGGAUCAACUAAUUAUUCCCAAGUUGAUUUUUUUCUUUAUUCUCAUCACUUAUCUGGUUGAUAUUGUAUUGAUAUUCUGUCUUGGUCACUCAUGAGAGUUUAAUGGUUAAGAUACGACGUCGACUCAUUAUCUUUACACUAGUCAGACUUUCGCACAUUGCUUAAGUUUAACUGUAAUCUCAAAAUCAUCCAUCGGGUCGAUGAAGUAAUUUUUACGUUCAAAAAUGGUAAAACUUGGAGGGAUCGGAAAAAACUUGUUUCCUGUGCCAAAAAGAAAAACAUUCCUGUGCCAAAUCAGAAAUUGUAUCAAGUUCUGUAAUAAAAAUGCAACAUUUUGAUUCCAGCACAAGGCGGACACCCGUGACAAGACGAAGAAUCGUCUUUCUCUGAUUCAUUCCUUGACUUAGAAUUUACCAUUUUUUUAUUCUAUCAAAUUUUGCCUCCAAACAUCAAGGCGGUGGAAUAUUCAUAUAGAUUGUGCUCUAAAAUAAACAUAUUAUAUGAAAAAGAAAUUUGGACUUCCACUGAUGUAGCUCUUGUAAAAACGACGCCCGUUGUCAUGGCCGCCAUAUCUAAAAAAAAAAGUCUUUUCUUUAAAAUUCAUGCUAUCCUUCAGUAACUGUGAUAAUUCGUGGGUUACUUAUCUGAGCAAAACGUUUUACACGAAGUGAUAUCCAAGUAUCCAAGUCAAUUAUAACCAGAGAGACGAAAUCCAUUUCCUUAGUUUAUAGAAGAAAAAAAAUUAAUGUCAUAAAUAUUGUAAAUAAUAUCAUAAGAUAAUAAUAAUAUUUUCUUCUGUAAUACAAGACUGUUAUCAUGGCCUCCAUACUCUGUUACAUGACGCUGUUGUUGUGCGCUGUGGCCUUAAGUGAAGGGUGCUCUUGCGCUGAGCCGGUACCACCACCAGACUGGAAAGGAAAUGCUUAUGAGUACUGGAACAAACAACGAUUAUGCGCUGCAGACUACGGUGAGAUUCUACUUUGAAAUUGUUUAGUGUUAAAUCUACCUCAUUGAUUUGGUCGGCUUAGCACUAAUUUAGUCUACAUUUCUCAGAGGAAGAGCAUACUCCAAAAACCUUUUUUUUUAUCACAGCUAUUAAAAAGCCUAUAAAAAAUAUGACGUCGACCGUACUUGAAGAUUCCAAAGAGUAACCUAGCAUUUGCGGACGCCACCAUUUUGAAACCUACUUAGUAGCCUGGCCGCUCACUUACGACAUAAUACUCUUCAAACCAUUAUUUUUUUUACAUCUUUCAACGAUGUAUUUGAACAACUAAGACCUGCUCAAACAAACAUUCUCUAUUCUUACAACCAUCUUUAAUUUGCUAUUGUGACCAGAGCAUCAACUAUUGAGAUUUUGCGUGUAGAGCCAGCUGGGUUCUCAGCUGUUUUCAAAAUGGUUGAUAGCAUAAUCAGCUAAAUAUUGUUAUCUCCUUUUCAUACAAUUUUCAAAGGAAUAGGUUUCAUUUUCUUUAAAAAUUCACAAAAUCCUAUAGAGCUAACGCAAAUUUGAUUUCAAUCGAUGCUUGCCUUGUUCACAAAUUGUCAUCGCCAACUUUAUUCCGGCAAGGUCUCAAGUUAAUGCUUCGUUAUUUUUGCUACGCCCUUCCUGAGUUGCAUGAAUUUACUCGUAGACCCAUUUCUGUGCCUCAUUUUACUACGCUACUUUUAAUUUUCUAACAACAGCUAUCAAAGGCAAGGUUUUGGAAAGAUCGGAUGACCCUUUGUCGGUUGGCUCAGUGAUCUACAAAAUCAAAGUUACGCAAUCCUUUAUAGGAUCGUUUAACGAAAAAGAAAUUGUUGAGCUCAAAACCAAGGCCGAUGAAGCGCAGUGUGGUGUAAACCUUAACCUCGAAGGAACUCAAAACAUAUACCUCCUGACCGGUGGAAACAGCAAUGGUCAACUGGAAAUCGAGCUGUGCGGCUGGUAUGAGCCAUGGAGAGAUAACACCAGGGAAAAAAUUCGCAAGGCCUUGAAGAAAUGCUAA